AUGGAGACGUUCCCCCCCGGCAAGCUGGAGCAGCACCAGCCCGUGGAGUUCCUGCAGGGCGCCCGCUACGGUGCCAAGAGCCACCCCGCCUACGGGAACGCGUUCAACUCGUGGAAUGACUAUCUGGGGCUGGCCACGCUGAUCACCAAGGCCGUGGGCGAGGAGAAGGGCUUCGGGACCCAGCCCUCCUCCGUGGUGGUGGCCGCCGCCGUGCAGCCGGCUCCGGAGGAGGACGACGAGGACGACGAGGAGGAGGAAGACGCAGGGACCCCCUAUUUCGAAGGCGCGUUGCACUUGCACGACUUCGACCUGUGCAGCCACCACCACGGCGAGAGCUUCCUGGAGGAGCGGUUCGCCGACUUCAGCCCCUUCUCCGGCCGCGCCAGCCCCGCCGCGCUGGUCUUUAACUGCUCCCCGGCUCACCUGCAGCGGGACCGCUCCCCUCACGCGUGGGGCGGCGGGCUGGGCGACGGGCGGCUCCAAGCGCCCCAGAAGCCCGGCUCCCGGCUGCUCAAGCCGGAGCUGCAGGUCUGCGUCUUCUGCAGGAAUAACAAAGAAGCCGUCGCCCUCUACACCACGCACAUCCUCAAGGGACCCGACGGCCGGGUCUUGUGCCCCGUGCUGCGGAGAUACACGUGCCCCCUCUGCGGGGCCAGUGGGGACAAUGCCCACACCAUCAAGUACUGCCCCCUCUCCAAAAUGCAGGCCAGUGCCGCCAAGCAGCAGCUCCGAAACGCCAGGACCGCCUUGGGCAAGAAACUCCGCUAG